AUUCUUAUCAGGAAAUGACACAAACAAUGUUGAAGUGAAAAUAUUGUCGAAAAAACAGUUACGGUAAAAAUGUUGCGUCGUGUGAAAAGUUUCACAUCUAAGAAAUAUAAAAGUACCGACGAAUUAAAAUCGAUCACGCCACUAAGUCCCCGAGUUCGUCCCAAACGUCGGCAACUUCAAAAGGAAAAAUCCAUAUCGUUGGAAUAUGUGCCAAUCCACCUAGAUUUGGAGAAAAACGAUCUCUUCCUAAAACAGAAGGAAAAAGCCAAACACUUUGAAAUCAAAGAAAGUGUUUCUCCGAAACUCACCAGAAGAAAGUCUAUUUCCUUCGAUGACGAAAGGUUUAGGAGUUUGCGUCAAAGUCCGGUGGCUAUCAGAAGGACGAAGUUUUCAACGAGGGAAAGAUCACGAUACAAUACAGUCGAUGUCAUAAAAGAUUUGUUUACCGAAAUCGAUAGUGGCCCCAAAGAUGAGAGUUGUAGUAACAAACCGCAAAAUUUCCCGGUGUUUGAAGAGGAGGAAGAACCAGUGCCUCUCAGAAAACCCAGUGUUAAAUUGACGAGACCGAAAACAUACUCGUCUACAGUAACAAAGAAAAUAGAAAAAAGUCAUUUUGAUUUUGAAGGAGUUAAAGGUUUGGAACUUGUAAAUGAGCGGCACUGUGUGAAAGUUGGCAAAGAGGACACUCUUCGGUUAGAUGGCAAAGAGUUAAAACUCCUCAAAGGAGACGAAGAAAUAGUAAUAAAACCCAACAUAUCUAUGAAAAAAGGAGUUAAGAUGAUAACUAAAAAAACAUUGGAAAUGAGUGAUUUAGAUAAGAACAUUUACUGGCUCCAAUUUAGUUCGACCAAAGAUGCCAAACUUUUCAUUGAAAAAGAAAAAUCUUUUCAUGCUUUGCCUUCCACUAUCAAACCCAUGGGACCACUGUGGCAACUCCGCAAAUUGCUUAAGAAGAGAUCCAGUCGGGAUUUGCUCGAACAGAAAGGAAUUAUCAAAAACGAGCCAAUUUUUGGCAACACUUUGGACGAGUUAGUUGAUGAGGAGCAUCCUGUACCGGAAGUAAUCACUCGUAUUGUGAAACUUAUCGAAGAACCGGAAAAUAUCACGAGUGUGGGGUUGUAUCGAGCGUCGGCAAAUCUUGCAGUGGUUCAGAACAUUCGGUUUGAAAUAAAUUGCGGCCGAUGGGAGAUUUUAGAGAAGCACAGAAUGGAUGUUGAUGUGCUGGCGGGGACUCUCAAGUUGUUUUUUCGGGAGUUGAAGCAGCCGUUGAUUUCGUGUGAAGUCUAUGAAGAGUUGCGAGAAGCGAUAACAAAUGGUAAAAAUGAGAUUAGAACGAUUGUUGAUAAUCUCCCAGCACCCAGUCGAGCUACUCUUCUAUACAUCAUCAAACACUUGUUAAAAGUUUGUGAACGUAAAGAAGACAAUAAAAUGGACUUUUACAAUUUAUCGAUAUGUUGGGGUCCCACUUUAAUAACACUGCCUAGUAGUUGUUCGGAUUUAGUGUCUCAAACAACAGGAUUUACGAAAGUUACUGAACAAUUACUUUGUUACUAUAAGGAUCAUCCAGAAUUCAUUUCAGACGAGUACGUACCAAAAACCCGAGAUUUUGUCUACCAAGUAGUUCAAAAACUAACAAAAAUAAUCGACACCGGUAUUGAAGCUGAAGGAAUUUACCGAAAAUGCGGUUCAAAUACAAAAAUCGACAAGAUAAUCAAACACUUAGAGAAAGAAAAUUUGUCUGAAAUUGACGAAAAAAAUGACAUACAUGAUCUCUGUUGUACCCUCAAAAAAUUUCUGUCGACACUAAAAGAACCUCUAAUUCCUAACGAGUUUUUCUGUCAGUACUGCGAAAUCUGUGAUAACUUAGAAGAUUCCGUUUUACGGAAUGAAAUUCGACGAAUGGUCCAACGAGUUCCUCGAAAAGACGCUCUUUUACUACUUUUCGAACACUUAAAAAAGGUUUUGCGUUAUAGUAAACAGAACAAAAUGUCAGCUAUUAUUUUGUGCGACAUUUGGAUGACAACACUUGCUUCUUCGACUUACAAGAAAAAAGUGCCUAAAUUUUUUAAAUUGUUUGAACUUUUGCUGUAUUUGAAUGAGGAGGUUUUACCUGAUUUGAUACAAGAAACAAGAAUUAGAGAAAGUAAAUAUGAUAACGUACCUGAUGAUAUUACCGGUGACCAGAUGUAUACGAAGUUAUAGCAGUUUGUAUGUAAAGUAUGUAUGUAAUGUUUUAUUUAUGUGAGAUUAAUAAAAGUAUAAUCAAAAUAAUAUUUCUGGAUAAUGUG